UACAGCAACUCCAAGGCCAGCCCACAGGAUCAAGUCAGUCGGUAUUCAGGAGUUUCCAAGAAGCUGCCCAAACAUGGCCAAAUCGCAUCAGAGCACCAGGCGUACAGGAAGGCAGGGUGCAUGUGAAAUGGGACCCUGGGCAUACAGGCAUUGAAGGCAAUGAAGAAUCUGACAAAGAAGCCAAGAUGGGCUGCCAUGGGCCCCUGAACCUCCCUAUAGCACCUGCGUCAAUAGCAGCUGCCAGACGAAUAGUGCAGAGGAUGUACUGGCAUGCCUUUGCACAGUUUUGGGCAGAAAAUGCCCCCAAACAAUAUAAGGACCUCAGGAUAGGCCUGGAGAAGCACCCCCCAGAGCUCCUCCUUCCACGAACAGCCCUGGGCCGCCUCCUUGCCGCCAGGAGCGAACAUGGUGACUUUGCAGAGUACCAUGAACGCUUUAAACACAGUGACGCCCUGCUGACAUGCUCUUGCGGCCGCAGAAAGGAACCAUCCCAUUUCUAUCAUUGCAGGGAGGGCCGCAAAGCAGCAGCACAUCCAUGGGGCCGCUGGCCUGUGACUGAUAUCCUCUGCACAAAGGCUGGAUACACUGCAUUUGCAGGCUGGCUGGGCGAAUCCAACUUCUAUACAGAUAUCUGCCGAUGACAUUAGGCCACCAAAAUCCACCAAAUUUAGGGAUACCCAGACCUACCUCUGGUCUUAUUGUACCCCGUUCUUCUCCAUCCUUCUUGCUCGCGUUCUUGUUUUUCUAUCCAAACCAAUAUGCACAAUUAAAACCCAAGCAGCCCCCCGCGCGGGGGGCUACCUGUAUUUAGAUGAUAGAUGGUAGUUUAGCUAGGUGA